CAAAAAAUUAUUCAAAAUAAAAUUUUAUAAUCCAUAAACAUGAUAAAUCCACCUAAAUGAUUUAUUUUAUAAUUACAUUAGCAACUUUGGUAUUUUUCCAAGGAUUUUUCCCCGUCUCCCGGCCGAGUUUAGAUUUUAAUAAUGACCCUCCAGAUGAAGUGAACGGAGUUCGUUUAAAUAAAAAUGAAUUUUACUCAUCGAACGUAUCAAAAACUAUAUUCAUGGUGAUAGAUGCAUUGAGACUGGAUUUCUUCAACGAGGAUUACAUGCCUUUAACUUACAGAUUAGUACAAAAUAACGGUUGUUUUAAUAAAAUUAAAGUUGAAACUCCUACAGUUACACUACCUCGUAUAAAGGCCCUGACCGCGGGCAAUAUACCCCAAUUCGUCGAUUUGGUACUGAAUUUAUUUAGUACGGAGAUAUUGAGCGAUAGUAUUAUUCAUUCCGCGGUUAAAGCGAAGAAGAAAGUUAUUUUUUACGGCGAUGAAACUUGGAUUAAACUGUUCCCGAACAAGUUUUCGAGAUUUGAAGGAACUCAUUCAUUUUUCGUGAAAGACUUUACAGUGGACAAAAAUGUGACUCGGAAUGUGGAAGUCGAACUGCAAAAAGAAGAUUGGGAUUUGAUGUUUCUACAUUAUCUAGAUUUAGAUCACAUAGGACAUGUUUAUGGUCCGUUCUCUUCCUUAAUACCCGAAAAACUUCACGAGUUGGAUAAAAUGAUUUAUGAAUACUAUAAAAUAUUUAGGAGAAACGAGAAUAGUUUAUUUUUGAUAACUGGAGAUCACGGAAUGAGAGAUAUCGGUGGUCACGGCGGAUCCACUUUCCAUGAAACAAACGUUCCUCUUCUACUAAUCGGUUUGAAUUGCCAAAGUAAUACAUUUCGUCAAACUGAUAUACCAGUAAAUAUAGCAGCACUGCUUGGAUUAACAAUACCCUCGAUAUCCAUAGGAAGAGUCCAAAAAAGUUUGGUGUAUUCGACUGUAGAGAAGUAUCUGUACAAGUUAUAUUACAACACUCGUUUGUUGGUUACAAGGCAAUUUUGUAGCAAAUACGAAGAAGCAAAUAGUUAUUAUAUUGAUUACAUAAAAAAUUCGAACCAGAGCAGUGCUCAUAAAGCAAUAGAAUUUUAUGAACAUUGUUUAGAAACGAUUAGUGAUACUUUAGCUAAAAGCUCUGUUAAGCAAAACUUCCAUUAUUUAAUAGUCUCUCUUGUAAUAUUAUUAAAUUGUUUGGUCAGUUUACUUUUAGAUAUUCUGGGUUCAAAUGAAAACAAAUCUGUGUUUUUUCAAUAUGUAAUAAUAUUCACUAUAGUUAUUCAGUACUUAAUUGAAAAUAAUUUGUACAUUUCCUCUUUACUGUUUGUAGUAUAUAUUUUGCUUCUUUUGAGAAACACACGCACAUUAUGCUCGAUGAUAUCUUCAAAUUUCUCGUAUUAUACAUUGUUUUUCUUGGUUUUUUGUUUUCUACAUCCAUUAACUUUCAUUUCUUCCAGUUACGUUGAAGAGGAACAUCAGUUUUGGUAUUUUUUUAAUACCUUAAUUUUUCUUACACAAUUAACAAUAUUUUCAAAAUCAAAAAAUUAUCUUGGCACGUUCUAUUGCUUUAUGAUUUUGGUUAUUUUCAGAUUUAUAAGAACAAUGAAUGCUACUGGUGAUAAAUGGUUAAAUCACCCAGAUUUAUCAGAUUGGUUCUUAAAGACUGAGAAUUUUCAUUACUAUCAAAUUUUUCAUGCUCUAAGUGUAAUUGCAGUGUUCUUAACACAAUUUUAUUUGAUAAACUUAAAAAGACUAAUGCUGCUACCUUUGAAUUUAUUAAUAUUAACAUUAAUAUUUGUCUAUAAAAACAAUGAGUCUAGUAUGUUGGGGAAACUUAUUUGGUUGCUUAUUUUCAUAAAUUUCCUAUUGACUUAUAAAAUUUCAAAAAUAGUUACUUGGAAUUUAGUGCUUUCUCUGCUUUUGAAGCCGUACAAUUUAAUUUUAAUACCUUACUGCAUUUGUUCUAGUUUAAUAAUAUCUCGGUGCUACAAAAGAACAAAUCUUGUAGUUUUGCAUCACAUUUUUUUAAGUAAUUUGUUAUUUUUCGCACAAGGGCAUAAUAACAGUUUAGCCAGUGUAGAUAUCUCGAUUGGUUACAUUGGCUUGACCUCUUAUCAACCUAUUCUGGUCAUUAGCCAAGUAUUGUAUCAUACACAAGCCUUUCCCGUGCUCUGCCAUUUACUAAUAUUCCAUCAAAGGGGAUCGGAGAGUAUUAAAAUUUGGAAACUUUUGUUUUGCAGUCGAUUGUACAUUUUUAUAAUUACCUCAGUAAUAACAGUAGCUUUCAGGCAUCAUUUAUUCAUAUGGUCAGUAUUUGCUCCAAAAUUAUUUAUCGAGUUUACACACCUGUUAUUUUUGUUCGCAGAGUAUAUUAUCUAUAAAAUUAACGAAUUUAUUGUUACUAAAUUUCCAAUUUAUAGAAUAAACCACAAAUAAAAUCUUAAGAUUGUAUAUUAUUGUUUUAAAAGUACAUCUAAUUAAAGGUAAUUAAUCUUCGGGUUUAUCAGGAGGAGGUCCGCAUGGCUGCAACAUUUUCUCCAUGAGGUUGAACUUGACUCGAGCCUUAGCUUCGUUUUCACAUAUUGCGAUGUAAUUUAUUAAAUCCGGGUGACCUAAGUAGCUAGAGAAGCUGUCUCUAUGCUGAUUUACCAACCAUUCGUAUUUCGUUGUGUCUGCAUGGCCUGUACCAAUGUACUUCGAUUGGAGAUGUUCCAACUGACUGUGGAUAUUGUAGCGAUCACCCAUAACUGUAUUAAGCAAAUUUUCACUUUAUUCUGAAGCACAAGACAAAUUAUCAAUAAUAAUGUGUGAAUUGUGAAUUACUUUUGUUUGUGCUUUGUUUUGUUUAUGUAGCUAAAUAUACGUUUGACAAUGAC